AUGGACAUAGAAAAAUGGUUCUCGUCAACCAUAACUUCUGAAAAAGCAGUCAUUCAGUAUUGGAAAAUUGAGACGAAGAUACGGAUACACGGGAUAAUUGUGUCCUGCAUUGUCUCACCAACAAUACAUCUUAGAUUUUACCAGAAGAGGAAAGGAUACUGCUUGGAUUUACUGACUCAUUUUGGGAGUUGGAGUCUGCAAUUUCCUUCUGAAGUUCUUGCAUCAUGCCGGGCCUUUCUUCUAACAUCCCGUAUUCCCACCAAGCUAGAACUAACUUUCAGCUAUUUAGAAAUCCAAGGAAUAACUUCCAGUAAACCAGGACAGUUAAUUGUAGAAAUGGAGAAAUGCAACAUUUCCAUGAAGAUGGCAUCAUCAGAAGAUGUGAAUGAAGUGUUGGCUCACAUUGGAACAUGUCUCAGGAAGAUAUUCCCUGGUCUGUCACCAGUGAGAAUUAUGAAAAAAGUUACCAUGGAGCCCUCAGAAAGAUUGGCUAAUCUCCAGGCACUAUGGGACAGCCAGACUGUGGCAGAACUGGGCCCUUGUGGGGGCUUUUCACAAAUGUACGCAUGUGUUUGUGACUGGCUUGGAUUUCCUUAUAGAGAAGAGGUACAGUGGGAUGUGGAUACAAUUUAUCUGACGCAAGAUACAAGGGAGUUGAAUUUGCAAGACUUCAGCCAUCUCGACCACAGAGACUUAAUACCUAUAGUUGCUGCCCUGGAAUACAAUCAAUGGUUUACAAAACUGUCCUCCAAGGAUCUGAAAUUGUCCACCGAUGUCUGUGAGCAGAUCCUAAGAGUAGUCAGUAGGUCCAAUCGAUUGGAAGAACUGGUAUUAGAGAAUGCUGGGCUAAGAACCGAUUUUGCACAGAAACUAGCCAAUGCCCUAGCCCAUAAUCCUAACUCAGGACUUCAUACCAUUAACCUUGCUAAUAACCCACUUGAGGACAGAGGUAUAUCCUCUCUAAGUGUUCAAUUUGCCAAACUUCCAAAGGGACUGAAACAUUUAAAUGUAUCUAAAACCUCAUUGUCACCUAAAGGGGUGAAUAGUCUUUCCCAGUCACUGAGUGCCAACCCACUAAUUGCAAAUACUCUCACCCACCUUGACCUCUCAGGGAACGUUCUCCGGGGUGAUGAUCUCUCGAACUUGUACAGUUUUUUGGCCCAGCCAAACGCCCUGGUUCAUCUGGAUUUAUCCAACACGGAGUGUGCACUAGACAUGGUGUGUGGGGCUCUUCUUCGUGGAUGCCUUCAGCACCUAGCUGUUCUCAGCCUAUCCAGGACAGUUUUUUCUCACAGGAAGGGAAAAGAAGUCCCCCCAUCUUUCAAACAGUUUUUCAGCAGUUCACUUGCUUUGAGGCAGAUCAACCUUUCAGGAACCAAACUUCCACCUGAGCCUCUAAAAGCACUCUUAUUAGGCCUGGCUUGCAAUCAUAACCUGAAGGAGGUAUCUUUAGAUCUCAGUAGCUGUGAGCUUGGUCACUGUUUGAGAUCAGGAGGUGCACAAGUUUUGGAAGGAUGCAUUGCAGAAAUACACAAUAUCACCAGCCUAGACAUUUCGGACAAUGGCCUAGAAUCUGAUCUCUCGACCCUUGUAGUCUGGCUUAGUAAAAACCGAUCAAUAAGACACUUGGCAUUGGGAAAAAAUUUUAACAACAUGAAAUCUAAAAAUCUUACUCCUGUACUUGACAAUUUAGUACAAAUGAUUCAAGAUGAGGAUUCACCUUUGCAGUCACUGUCCCUCGCAGAUUCCAAGUUGAAGACUGAGGUUACCAUAAUUAUCAAUGCACUGGGCAGCAAUACUUCUCUUACAAAAGUGGAUAUUAGUGGAAAUGGAAUGGGAGACAUGGGGGCAAAGAUGCUCGCCAAAGCCCUCCAGAUAAACACCAAACUCAGAACUGUAAUAUGGGACAAGAAUAACAUCACUGCACAGGGCUUUCAGGAUAUAGCAGUGGCAUUGGAAAAGAAUUAUACUUUGAGGUUCAUGCCAAUACCUAUGAAUGAUGCUUCUCAAGCACUUAAAACAAACCCUGAAAAGACAGAAGAUGCACUGCGAAAGAUAGAAAACUACUUGCUUCGUAAUCAUGAGACAAGAAAAUACCUACAGGAGCAGGCAUACCGGUUGCAGCAAGGCAUUGUAACUAGUACCACACAACAGAUGAUUGACAGAAUAUGUGUUAAAGUACAAGAUCAUCUCAACUCUUUAAGAAACUGUGGUGUGGAUGCUGUACAGGAAGAUCUAAAAUCUGCAGAAAGGCUUAUGCGGGAUGCUAAGAACUCAAAAACAUUGUUACCGAACUUAUACCACCUCGGUGGACCUUCUUGGGCAGCGGUGAAUGGUUCGUUAUCCAAUCCAAUACAGGAGACGUUAGAAUCCAUGGCUGGGGAAGUCACAAGAGUUGUGGAUGAGCAACUUAAGACACUACUUGAGUCUAUGGUGGAUGCAGCUGAAAACCUUUGCCCAAAUGUGAUGAAAAAAACCAACAUACGGCAAGACCUAAUUGAAGCUAGCACUGAGAAGAUUUCUAUCCCUCGUACCUUUGUGAAAAACGUCCUCUUGGAACAGUCUGGAAUUGACAUCCUCAACAAAAUUAGUGAAGUAAAACUGACAGUGGCCUCUUUCCUAUCUGAUCGAAUUGUAGAUGAAAUCUUGGAUGCGCUUUCACAUUCCCAUCAUAAACUGGCUGACCAUUUGACAAGACGUGGGAAACCACUUCCACAUCAGGAGUCACUAGAGAUUGAAUUAGCUGAAGAGAAACCAAGUAAACGCUCCAUCAUCACAGUUGAGGAUCUGACUGAAAUAGAACGUUUGGAGGAUCUAGACACUUGUAUGAUGACUCCUAAAUCUAAAAGGAAAAGCAUCCACAGCCGAAUGCUCCGUCCUGUAUCUAGAGCUUUUGAAAUGGAAUUUGACCUAGACAAAGCACUGGAAGAAGUACCUAUCCAUAUAGAAGACCCACCAUUCCCUUCCAGCAGGCCAGACAAACGAACUUCUGGAUUCAUCUCGGAGCUGCCAUCUGAGGAAGGGAGAAAACUGGAACACUUCACAAAAUUAAGACCGAAAAGGAACAAAAAACAGCAACCCACCCAAGCAUCAGUGACUGCAGCAGUACCUCAUGAAGGAGAACAGAAUGGCCUCAUGGGUAGAGUGGAUGAAGGUGUGGAUGAAUUUUUCACUAAGAAAGUGACAAAGAUGGAUUCAAAGAGACCAUCAGUAAAAACUUCCGACACCAGUGAGUCUAGUGAAACAGGUGAUGAAAAGAAGAAAAGAGAUUCUAGGAAAAGUGGCUUUCUCAACUUAAUCAAGUCAAGAUCCAAAUCUGAGCGUCCUCAAACUGUCUUAGUGGCAGAGGAGCCUGCAUCACCUAAGGGCAUUGUCAAAAGCCCAGCUGUGGACAUUUCCAAGAAGGAGCUCAAAUCAGCUGAACAGAACGGCAGUGCAGAGCAAGUGGAGGAACUGAAAAUGCCAGACUCUCUAGAGGAGAGACAGCCAGAGGAUGCCACAAAGCCCGAGAAGAGUGACAACAAAGGCAGCCCCCAAGGAGGGCGGAGGUAUGGAGUGCAAGUGAUGGGCAGCGGACUCCUAGCUGAAAUGAAAGCCAAGCAGGAGAAGAGAGCGGCCUCAGCUCAUAAGAAAUUUGGAAAUGAUGUAGUUUCCCGGGAUUCACAUGAUACUACAGCAAGUGCAGACCGACAGGAUGGCAACAGUUCAGUGCCUAAGCUCCAGCAGACCCUUCCAGAGAGUCGUUUUGCCUUGAGUAAAGGUGACUCCACUGUGGCAUCAGGAGAAAAAAAUAUCAAAACAGAACCGAAGGCAGAAGCCAGCGCAAAGGCUCGAAGUUCUUCCAAUACACCAACCAGCCCGAAGCCUCCGCUGCAGUCAGCAAAGCCCAGCCUGACUGGACGACCCACGGUCCCCCAGAAACCACGCUCUGCUUCUCGAACUGAAGACCUCCCAGAGUCUCCAUCUGGCCCAGGUUCCCCUAAAGUUGCUCUGCUUCCACCUGUGCUAAAGAAAAUUACUUCUGAUAAAGAAAAAGAUGGUCAGAGCAGCCCCCAGCCCACAAUCAGAUCCCUCUCUCAAGAAGAGCAAACAGGAGAUUAUAACAAAAGAGAUACAGAUCUUGACUGUGAGAAGCCAGCCAGUGGAGGCAAAAGAAUCUCAAGACAAUACUCUACCAGUGCAGAAGAGGAAGUGAAUGAGCAUGGGCACAGGAAAUCACAGGCAACAACUGCUGCAAAAAGAAGCCCUGGACAUCAGCCCCAUGAGUACCAGGAGCUAAAACAGAGGUCCUUAAGUAAAGAUGCCCAUCAGGGAAGCAAGUCCAGUGACUCUGGAGAGGAAGCGGAUAAAGAUUUUAUUUUUGUUUAG